UAUAUAGGUCGCGUGCAAGAACUGUCAGAUGACCGACCCUGGAGGCAAAAUAUAUUUGUUUACAAGUGAUCGAAAUAGUCUUCCACAAUUAUUUUGGCAUAUGAAUCGUAUUUUUCCGCUAUUCAUCAAUUCGCUAAUGCCAUCACAUUAUGAUGUAAAAUGCACAAAAACUGCAGCGGAAGAUGAAGAAAUCCGGAUGGUACAUUAUGAUUCAAAAGUAAGUACCUACUAUAGUCACUCACAUAGUUUUCAUUUUUGAAAUUUGGUUAUUUCUCUGAUUUCUCAUCGGAAUUCCUUCUGCAAUAGGAUCAGCUAAUAGAAUUAUACCUGAAAUUUCUAUAAUAAUGCAAGAAGAUUGGAUUCAUGCAAUCAAUCGGUAGGACUGGUCUGACAUGCUGACGAUCGUGUGUGUUGUAGACAUGUUUAAUCUAUUAGCAGUAUUAGCUUGUAUUGCAGAAGUGGCAGAAGGCAGAAAGAAUUUUAAUAAGGAAUGACAACAUUUCAUAAUGCUAACUAUGUGAGAUUACUAUUUACCUGAAAAAUCAUAUUCCCUAGUCUCUUGCUGCAUUUUUUGUGCAUUGUACAACAGCACAAUGCGAAGGCAUGCUUGAAUCAAUGAAUAACGCAAGAAACACGAUUCGUAUGCCAAAAUAUUGUGAAAAACUAUUUCAACCUUUUGAUUCCUCUGUAACCAAAUAAAAAAGUGAGGUUGUGUUUCAAUAAUUCACAGAAGAAUGAGGUUGUGUUUCAAUAUUUUGCCUCCAGGGUCGGUCUUCGUGCACGCGAAUUAUAGAAGUUAAUAGACCUUGGGGCGCUCAUGUGGCAACUCCGAGAAUUGGCAACCCUGCUUGUUCUUGGAAUAAUAUGAGGUUCACAUGAGGUUAUGUUUAAAUUUAAAAUGGGUUUGAACAAUUCCGAAUUUUGAAAUUUGUGUUGUUUUUCAGUUUGUUUUCAAUGAUGAUAUUUGGUUCAUUGAAUUAAUUUGGCACUAAAAUAAUGGGUUUGACAAAGCAGUAUUUACGUUACAUACCAGCCGGUAAUUUCAACAUUAUAGCCAGCCAAAGUUGCAAUGUGGUAUUUGUAACUUUAGAAGGACAAGAAGGAAGAUUCAUUGCAGUAGGUGCUUGUGAACACAUAAUCAUAUGGGACCUCAGAAUAGGAGAAAAGGCUCAAGUUUUACCUGGGGAAAAAGCAGUUGUUUCAGUCAUUUGUGCUAGCCCUAAUAAAAGACAUUUAGCUGCAGGCUAUUCUGAUGGUACAGUACAAAUAUAUGAUCUGAAAUCUGCUGAGGUUAUCAGUACUUUUUCUGGGCAUAGAUCAGAAGUUACUAGUUUGAUAUAUGAUGGCUUUGGUCAUAAAUUAGCAUCUGGUUCAAAGGAUACAGAUAUAAUUGUGUGGGAUACAGUUGCUGAAGUUGGUUUAUGUAGAUUAUCUGGACAUCAUGGAGCCAUUACUCAAAUACAGUUCAUGAGUCAGUAUAAUAUAUUGAUAUCUGGAUCUAAAGAUAGUUUUGUGAAAUUUUGGGAUUUGGAUACUCAACAUUGUUUCAAAACUCUUACUGGUCAUCAAACUGAAGUUUGGACUUUGGCAUUGAUGAAAGAUGACCAGUAUCUAGUUACAGGGUGUGGUGAUGCUGAAUUGAGGGUGUGGAAAUUAUCCCAAAGAGAUCCAGAUAGUAAUCAAAAAAAUAUUAUUGGCAAUUUGUCAACUGCACUUGCCCUAACUUCGUUAGAAGAUUCUGAUGACCCCACACAUCCUCUCCAAUGCUUCAAAGCUGGUGCUUUACUCAGAGGUGGGAGGGGUAGGGUGGUAUCAAUGUACAGUGAUCCAAGUGGGCAAGUAUUAGGAUGUCAUGGCACAGAUAUGCAGAUAGAGCUAUUUCAAUUUUAUUCUGAUGAGGAAGCUAAACUUCGCUUGAAUAAGAGGCUGAAGAAGGAGAGAAAGAAAAUUAAAAAUAAGGACAAAAUGGAACCUGAUCAAGAUGAAACCCCAAAUACCCAAGACAACACACAGUUGAGCUUGAGAGACGAAGUCAAAAGACUUCCAUCCAUCAAACUCGCAGACAAGCCGAAAUCCUUCCAUCUGGUUCUAGGCAGCGGCGGCGAACUCAGAAUCGCCCUCAGUCUCUCCAACAACACCGUAGAACUUUACAGCGUCCAGUCGUUCGCGAAGGAGUCCGAGGCGAAAUGUCUCAGGUCGAUCGUCUCUCACGGACACCAUAGCGAAGUGAGGGCUGUGAGUUUUAGCAGCGACAAUCUGGCCAUCGUGUCUGGUAGCGCAGAGUCAGUCAAGCUGUGGAAUCGGCCAUCUCAGGCUUGCUUAAGGACGGUGGCUACUGAUUAUGUUCUAUGCACAGUUUUCGCCCCCGGCGACCGACAUGUUUUAGCCGGUUUGAAAAAUGGCAAUCUUCUGAUAAUCGAUAUCGCGUCCGGCGAUAUUUUGGAAGAAAUUCCUGCGCAUACUACCGAAUUGUGGUCGGUAACUUUAACAACUGAUUUGAGGGGAUGCAUUACUGGCGGUGGCGACAAAACGGUGAAAUUUUGGCAAUUCGAGCUGAUUGUCGAUGAGAAGAGCGGAUCAAAAGCUAAAGUGUUGUCGCUCAUCCAUACCAAAACACUGAAAUUGGAAGAUACUGUCCUGUGUGUGAAAUUAUCACCAAAUGGAAAAUUCAUAGCGUGUGCAUUGUUGGACUCUACAGUGAAAAUUUUUUUCGUGGAUACAUUGAAAUUUUACCUGUCACUUUAUGGCCACAAACUUCCAGUAUUGUGCAUGGACAUUUCCUCUGAUUCCACCUUGAUUGCGACCGGUUCUGCCGACAGAAAUGUGAAAAUUUGGGGUAUGGACUUUGGCGACUGCCACAAAAGCAUAUUUGCCCAUGACGAUUCCGUUACCGGCCUGCAAUUCGUAUCAAAAACUCACUAUUUCUUCAGUUGCGGCAAAGACGGGAAAGUGAAGGAGUGGGAUGCAGAUAGUUACGACAAAAUCGUCACCUUACAGGGUCACGUGGGAGAAUCCAGGUCGUUGGCCGUCAGCCCGAACGGCCAGUUCGUGGUGUCGUGCGGCGCCGACAGGGUGUUGAGGCUGUACGAGAAGUCGGACCAGACGGUGGUGCUCGAGGACGAGCGCGAGCAGGAGCGCGAGGACCAGGAGGCGCUGGCCACCGGCGACCAGACGGUGGUUCCCGGCCAGCCGGGCCUGAGUCUGCCGUCGAAGAGGACUGUCGGCAGUGAGAAGGCUGCUGAAAGUAUCCUGGAAUGCUUGGAAAUAUGCGAGAAAUACAGAGAGCAGCUAGUGGAACAUGAAGCGUUGCAAGCCGCUUCCAGUCAGCAGUUGGCGGCGCCGAUUCCGCCACCACUUAUGGCCGCCUUCAAUGCCAAAACGCCUGACGAUUUUCUGUUGGAGACUAUCAAAAGAAUUCGAGCCAGUGACUUGGAAGAAGCGCUGCUCAUCUUACCGUUCUCCUCGGUGUGUGAAUUACUGCAAAUGUUGCCAUCGUUGGCAGCUAGAGGCGAUCACACCGAGCUGGUGUGCAAGAUAUCGAUGUUUCUGUUGAAACUCCACCACGCGCCAAUCGUCGCUAAUCAAGCGUUGUUCGGUACGCUCCAGAAGCUGCAGAAGUUGGGUGCCGAGCGGGUGCAGGAGCUAAGGGACUUGGUAGGUUUUAAUUACUUUGGGAUGCAGUUCCUUCAAAAAGAAAUAGAGGCAGCGGAAGGGGUGCAGAUGUUCAGGGAUGCCACAAGGGAAAAGAGUAAGGGUGACAAAAAACGGAAACAGAGGGAGAAAUUGAAAAGAUCUAUCAUGGUGCUAAGCUAAAUGAGAGAAAAUACAAUAUUUUGUUCAUAGAAAAAUAAAGCUUGUCCUAUUUU